CACACUACUCUCCAUUGUUGAACAACGUCCAUGGCCUCUGCAACACUGUUUCAGUGCCACCCUCCUUUUUCUUCUUCUGCCUCUUCAAUCAGAACUCUGAAACCAACACUCUCACACUCACACUCACGCUCACUCUCACUCUCACUCUCACCCUUUCUUCGCCUACCACGCUUCUCUCUCUCCUCUACUACAACCCCACCACGUGCCUACGUCACAGGACCCGCAUCCGACCCGAUUUUCUGCGACCCGGAUCCGAAGCUUGAUAGGUCGCCUCCGGAUGAGGUCAAGCCACCAAACGUUAUAACCAGGAACCUUCUCUUGACCCUUCUCAUGAAGCACAAAUUGCGUCUUGCUGUUUCGGUUGCAGCACUCUUUGCCUGCACCACCUGCACUCUAUCCAUGCCCAUUUUUUCUGGGCGGUUUUUCGAAGUUCUUAUUGGUGCUAGACCAGAACCAUUAUGGAGGCUGCUCAGUAAAAUUGGGAUUCUGUAUGCCCUGGAGCCACUUUUAACUGUUGUUUUUGUUAUAAACAUGAACAUUGUGUGGGAGAAAGUUAUGUCAACACUAAGAGCACAGGUCUUUGGAAGAAUAUUGAUUCAAAAGAUUGAAUUUUUUGACAAAUACAAGGUUGGUGAACUCACUGGUUUGUUAACAUCUGAUUUGGGUUCUCUUAAAGAUAUUGUCAGUGAGAAUGUUUCAAGGGACCGCGGAUUCAGGGCAUUAUCUGAGGUCAUUGGGACAUUAUUCAUACUUUUUUCUUUAUCCCCUCAACUGGCACCCAUUCUGGCUGUUCUGAUGCUUGCUGUUUCCUUUUCAAUUGCUGUCUACAAGAGAUCCACUUUGCCAAUUUUUAAAUCACAUGGGUUGGCCCAAGCAUAUAUAUCUGACUGUGUAACGGAAACAUUUUCUGCCAUUCGAACAGUAAGAUCCUUUGGCGGUGAAAAGCGCCAAAUGUUCACAUUUGCUAACCAGGUUCUUUCUUUCCAAUCAAGUGGGAUAAAGCUGGGAACUUUCAAGUCUGUAAAUGAAUCCUUGACUAGAGUUGCUGUUUAUAUUUCUUUAAUCGCAUUAUAUUGUCUCGGAGGAAGCAAAGUUAAGGCGGGUGAGCUCUCUGUUGGAUCUAUGGCAUCUUUUAUAGGAUAUACUUUCACUUUAACAUUUGCUGUUCAAGGACUGGUUAAUACUUUUGGAGAUCUUCGUGGAACUUUUGCUGCUGUUGAGAGGAUCAAUUCUGUUUUGUCUGUAGUUCAAGUUGACGAUGCCCUUGCCUAUGGCUUAGAAAGAGAACUGAAACAAAAAGCAGUGGAAGAUGAAAACUAUAAAUUGUUCUUCUCAAAUAGUUCUGCUGAGAAAGACCAAAAAAAUUAUCUGCAUUACAUGUCAGCACUAAAAACAUCAAACAAUUUGUUUAGCUUAGCUUGGUCUGGAGAUGUUUGUCUUGAAGAUGUGUAUUUCUCUUAUCCUUUAAGGCCAGAUGUAGAAAUCUUACGUGGCUUAAAUUUAAGACUAAAAUGUGGAACUGUAACUGCACUGGUGGGUCCUAGUGGUGCAGGCAAAAGUACAAUAGUACAGCUACUGUCUCGUUUUUAUGAGCCAGCAAGAGGUUGUAUAACAGUUGGAGGAGAGGAUGUCAGAACAUUUGACAAGAGUGAAUGGGCCCGGGUUGUCUCUAUUGUGAAUCAAGAGCCUGUUCUGUUUUCGGUGUCUGUUGGAGAAAAUAUUGCAUAUGGGCUUCCAGAUGAUAAUGUUUCUAAAGACGAUGUGAUUAAGGCCGCGAAAGCUGCAAAUGCUCAUGAUUUUAUAAUUUCACUUCCACAGGGUUAUGAUACACUUGUUGGUGAGCGCGGCGGCCUACUGAGUGGAGGGCAGAGACAGAGAAUUGCUAUUGCCCGGGCUCUCCUAAAGAAUGCUCCCAUCCUUAUACUUGAUGAGGCCACCAGUGCCCUAGAUGCCGUCAGUGAGCGCUUGGUCCAGAGCGCUCUCAACCAUUUGAUGAAGGGGAGGACAACAUUAGUAAUAGCUCACCGAUUAAGCACGGUCCAAAAUGCCUAUCAAAUUGCACUUUGUUCUGAUGGGAGGAUUGUAGAACUAGGCACCCAUUUUGAGUUGUUGGCUAAGAAGGGCCAAUAUGCUUCACUGGUUGCCACUCAAAGGCUUGCAUUUGAAUGAAUUAAUACUAUGAAGGUGUUAAUACUUCCUGUUAUACGAAAUAGCAAUGCAUGAGACAUUCAACUGGAUAUUUUACUGGCUAGUCUAGUUUUCAAACUAAACAAGUCAUCUAUGGCAUUAGCAGAGAUAGUUUUUGCCUCAAAGUGAAUGCUGCCUGAUGACAUUUGGUGCUUGCACAAGGGUACUGGUUUGGUUGAGAUGUGUAUCAUAACAAGGGGAAAAAAGAAGAAGAAAUAGUGUAAUUAAUGGAUGAUUGGCUGUAGCUACUCGCAUGUCGUGGUAUUUUAGAGUACAAGGCCUCAUCCUGUUGCUUCAAAUUGAUUUUAUCAUUUCAUUGUUAUUUUGAUGCGU